AUGUCCACACUACCAUCCUCUGGUGUUCGCCGUAUGGGCAGCGGCCUGGGUAGUUCCUCCAGACCAACUCCUGCCGGAAUCCUCAUCCACAAGGACCAGAAAGGCAAAAUUCUGGGUAGUGGGUUCAAGAUCGUCGUCGUACUUGAUUCGUCGCUGGUAAGGACCAAAAGCUUCGGAUUGGGUAAAUACUCACCAAACAGUCAAUAUGUACUCAAUGAUCCCUACGUCUCGAAACGGCAUGUGAGAAUCUACACCGUGGUCUACGAAAAUGACGAGCCUUGCGAGAUUGCCACGUUGGUCUAUGCAGAGGACCUGUCCCAGAAUGGCACUUUUUGGAACGGAUCCCUCAUAGGCAAAGGCAAUGGAGGCUUUCUUCUGAGUGACACCGACGUCUUGCGAUUGAGCCGUCGGACAUAUCUCAUCUUUGCCGCCACUGUCGGUGGAACAACAGGAGAGGCUUUCGACCAUACACAGGAGCUUGAAAUGGCAAAAUUUGGCAAAGAGUACAAUCUUACCGACAGGCUGCUCGGUGCGGGCACCUUUGGUCGAGUCUUCAUGGCAAUCGAUCAAAUGACUCGACGUCAGGUCGCAUGCAAAGUCGUCGACCUGCGAAAGCUGGGCUCGCGAUCGCUAAUCCAAUUCGGACGGCCAGAGCAACCAGCUCCUCCCGACGAGGUCAAUAGUAUAGCCCAGAAACUUAAGGUCAAGGCAUGGUCCAACCAACUGAAAAGAGAGAACGCUCUGGAGAGGAAGCUCUGUGCCUAUUAUCGUGAGGUGGAAAUCCUUGCGUCACUCAGUCAUCCGAACAUUGUAGGCAUCGAGAAGGUGUACAUCACAGACAACACCAUAUACAUUAUGCAAGAGCUCGUUACCGCCGGUGACCUAUUUUCCUACAUCGAGCUGAAGAAUGGGAAACUGCUCGAGGUCGAGGCCGCCGUCAUUGUUCGACAAAUUCUGGUGGCCCUGCGUUUUCUUCACAGCAAAAACAUCGUUCAUCGAGAUAUAAAACCCGACAACGUUCUUAUGACGAGUUUAGCUGCAGGAUGUCGAGUCGUCUUGACAGAUUUUGGUGCGGCACGGAGAAUCGAGAGCAAGUUGUGCCGGAUGUUGUCCAUUAUAGGGACCCGCGAAUAUGCAGCGCCCGAGAUACUGGGAUAUGCGCGAAUUAAAGUGGAGCGUGAGCGACCGGGUUAUACUCGAGCCGUUGACAUGUGGGCGGUAGGCUGUGUCUCAGUCGUGUUGCUCACAGGAGGCCUGGCUUUCUGUGAUCCUCUCACAAGCACCUAUUCGGAAAGGCUGGCCCGAGAGUGCAACCUGCAGUUUCUUCGCCAAUCAAAAGAAUGGCAGGCAGUCAGACAGCGGCCGCGGGAGUUUGUUGAGCAGCUCUUGUUGCUCGACGAGGACGCCCGAAUGACAGCAGAAGAAGCUCUCGCCCACUCUUGGUUCACCAACGAAUCGCACAAAAACGAUUUCGAGGACUUGUAUCAACGAACAAUCAGGCACUGGCAACCGCGAACUCCAAAAUCUCAAGUGGUUGAGUGGCGGGACAGCGGGUCUAUGAGGAACUUGCUCUGCUCAUUGGGCGUCCUAGAGGCCAAGCGCAGCAACUCCAGAACAUAUUCUCCAAUCGAGCCGCCUUACAAGCCUUUUCCGAGAAAUAUGCACCUUGGGAUCUGGCCAAGAAGAGAUCCAAACAGACGACUGUCCGAAGAGGUAUUGACUGCCGCUGCGAAAUGGUCACCGCGGUCAGGAGAUUUGCUACGUAGGGAAGCGAGAUGCUCAUCGCCAGGAGCCAGGGUCCCGAAAUCAGAGCUCACGGACGCAAGAACAAUGAGUACCUCCAAGAACCCCAGAGCGGCCUCAGAGCCUCCUCAAAACAGGCUCCCGUCUCAGUCACAACGAAUGCAGACUGAUACCGACUUGGAAAGCUUCCAGAAGAAGGGCAUCAAAGAACACAAUCAGUAUAUACCACCUCGUUUUGACAUAGAUGAAUUGUCGUCAAGGACUCCUAUGCCACAGAAUCGCAGAGUUCCCCUGGACGGACGUUCGAGGCUUUCCCUCUCUGCAAUAUCGAGUUCGCCCGAAAGCUCGGUCCCCGACAACCUUUCCGGCUCUCGGUUCCAAUCUGCAGCUACCUUUGACGUGUUCAGCGCAAAGAACGUGCUUCCCGAGUCUCCUACCACGCAAAGGAUUUUUCGCAACGUUGUGAACAGUAAUCAGAACUCGAGCACUGCUGAAAGUGACGACAAGUCAACCGAGAUUAUAACGUCACCACCUAGGAGACACGGCGGGCUCAAACGACGAGUGUCUACGCACCUGGCCACUCCGAAGCCCACGAAGAAGAAGAAGUGUCAUCGUCGUGGAUCCAUCUUCGAGCUGGCUGAAGAUAGCGACACCGAAGAUGACGCGAGAUCGAGGUGCCGGAGUAGUCGGAGAUCAAUCUUCGACCUAGCUGAUGAUAAUGACGAAAACUCCACCGGCAAUGAAAACGGAGACAACAGCAAUCGAGCCGCCGAUCGAGGUGGUUCUCGCGUGCAGAGACCUCCGCUCGUGCACCGCCCGAAGAAGGCAGCGGGAGCAUCGGCACCGGCUUCGACGCUCAAGUUGUAUCUCCCGCGCUAA